UGAUUGUACAGUCCGGAAAUGGAACUACAGUAAAUAAAAGUUUCGAGUGCUGUUGCACAACUACAGUCAGGUGCAGAGUUGUUUUGAUAUAUUUUAAAUAAUUUCUAGUUGCACAAAAUGGGUCGCAAGGUUACAUUAGCGACUUGCUCCUUGAAUCAGUGGGCACUGGAUUUUGAAGGCAACUUGUCAAGAAUACUUAAAAGUAUUGAAAUAGCCAAGCAGAAAGGAGCCAAGUACAGGCUGGGACCAGAGCUAGAAAUCUGUGGGUACGGCUGUGCAGAUCACUUCUACGAGUCAGACACGCUGCUCCACUGUUUCCAGGUCCUGAAGUCGCUCUUGGAAUCUCCUUUGACCCAAGACAUCAUCUGUGAUGUGGGAAUGCCUGUUAUGCAUCACAAUGUUCGAUAUAACUGCAGAGUCAUUUUCUUGAACAAAAAAAUACUGUUAAUUCGUCCUAAAAUGCUCUUGGCUAAUUACGGCAACAACAGGGAAUUUAGGUGGUUUUCACCUUGGAGUCGACCCAGACAUGUUGAGGAGUACUUUUUACCCAGAAUGAUCCAAGAUGUGACAGGACAGACCACAGUGCCAUUUGGAGAUGGGGUGCUGUCCACCAAGGACACCUGCAUAGGGAGUGAGAUUUGUGCUGAGCUGUGGAACCCCAGGAGUCCACAUGUUGACAUGGGUUUAGAUGGCAUUGAGAUUUUUACCAAUUCCUCUGCAAGCUACCAUGAGCUACGUAAGGCCGACCACAGGGUGAACUUGGUAAAAUCUGCCACCACAAAGAGUGGAGGGAUCUAUCUGUUUGCCAAUCAGAAGGGAUGUGAUGGAGACCGUUUGUACUAUGAUGGGUGUGCAAUGAUUGCCAUCAAUGGAGAUAUUGUUGCCAGAGGAGCGCAGUUCUCACUCGAGGAUGUGGAGGUUGUCACAGCCACUCUUGAUCUGGAAGAUGUGCGCAGCUAUCGAGGAGAGAGAUGUCACCCACAUAUGGAAUAUGAGCACAAACCUUAUCAGAGGAUGAAAACGGACUUCUCUCUGUCUGACUGUGAUGACAGGUGUCUGCCCACGCACCAGCCUUUGGAGUGGAUUUUCCACACCCCAGAAGAAGAGAUCAGUCUUGGUCCUGCCUGUUGGUUAUGGGACUACUUAAGGAGGAGUGGACAGGCUGGCUUCCUUCUUCCCCUUAGUGGUGGUGUGGACAGUUCAUCUACUGCCUGUAUUGUGUACUCCAUGUGUGUGCAAAUCUGCCACGCUGUCAAAGAAGGCAAUUCUCAGGUGCUGGAUGAUGUGCAGCGGGUGGUCAACGAUUCGUGCUACAGGCCUAAGGACCCACGUGAGCUGUGUGGACGCCUCUUUACCACAUGCUACAUGGCUAGUGAAAACUCUUCUGAGGACACCCGCAACAGAGCCAGAGAUCUCGCUGCUCAGAUCGGCAGCAAUCACCUAAAUAUCAACAUUGACAUGGCUGUGAAAGGCAUGCUGGGAAUCUUCUCUGUGGUCACAGGGAAGUGGCCUCAGUUUCGUGCUAAUGGAGGAAGUGCCAGAGAGAACCUGGCUCUUCAGAACGUCCAGGCUCGUGUCAGGAUGAUUUUGGCCUACCUCUUUGCCCAGCUCUGUCUGUGGGCUCAGGGGAAACCUGGUGGUCUCUUAGUUCUUGGUUCAGCAAACGUGGAUGAGAGUUUGACUGGAUACUUCACAAAGUACGACUGCUCCAGUGCUGAUAUCAAUCCCAUUGGAGGUGUUAGUAAGAUGGACCUGAAGUGCUUCCUGCAGUACUGUGUAAAACGCUUCCAGCUCACUGCCCUCAUAAGCAUUUUAGAUGCUCCACCAACUGCAGAGCUUGAGCCACUGACGGAUGGCAAGGUGGUCCAGACUGAUGAGGUCGACAUGGGAAUGACCUACUCAGAGCUGUCUGUGAUUGGCCGACUCAGGAAGAUCUCCAAGUGCGGCCCGUACAGCAUGUUUUGCAAGCUUAUUCACUCAUGGAAAGAGACCUUCUCUCCCUCACAGGUUGCGACUAAAGUGAAACAUUUCUUUAGGAUGUACUCCAUCAACAGACAUAAGAUGACAACAGUAACGCCCUCAUAUCAUGCUGAAAACUACAGUCCCGAUGACAACCGCUUUGACCUCCGUCCUUUCCUUUACAACACACAGUGGUCCUGGCAGUUCCGCUGCAUCGACAAUGAGGUGGCCAUGAUGGAGUGAUAUGGAGAGUACAUGAAUCAACUGUUAUCAGAAUCCAUUGAACUUUGGUCCAAAGAUGUGAUAGUGGACACUCAGCAGUUCUCUCUCAGUCUGGCUGCACAUGCACUGAAGUCACCUGCAGCAAUUUGCAUGUUCCAUGUCUUAGAAUUAUUGAUAUACUGUAUGAUAAUGUUUUGGUUUUUUUUUUAAAUAAAACAAUACAUAUGAAAUGUU